GGCACAGGCGCAGCGCGCUUCUCCACAUCCGGCGAUGAGCGCGUAAAGAGCGGAUCAGUAAGACGCAGCUGCAGUUGACGCCUUCGCCGUUACGCGCCCGGUCAGAAUGAGGGUAACCUUUGGCUCUCUGGUGGUCGUAGCAGGCAUCUGUGGUCUCCUCAGCUACGCUUUCCUGGCCACUUCCCUCGGAACAGAGUACUGGUACAUUAUAGGGAUGAACCCCAUGAACAUGAGCGACCUGGAGCACGUGAGCUUCCACUAUGGACUGUGGACUAUAAACGAAGGUGGGAAGAUGGACGAAGACCUUAUGGACUCUUUCAAAGCUGACUACUUCAGAUACUCUGACACUGAGCUGCUCAUGCUGAACAUGCACAGUGCUAUAGUGGUUGUGCUCACCCUCAGCCUGGUCCUCCUGCUGUUCGGAGGUAUCUGCGCGCUGGUCAGCUCCCUGGCUCGGAGUCCUGUGCUCCUCACCAGCUCGGCUUCCUACUUCUUCAUCUGCAGUCUGCUGACCCUGUGCGGCGUCAGCCUCUACAUCGUCUACUCGUACGAGGCCCUGGCAGAGAUAGAGCGGCAGGUGGGAGCCGAGGGCCUGGCCUACAUUCACACCUCCUUCGGCUGGUCUCUGGGUAUGGCCUGGCUCUCCUACAUCCUGGAGCUCCUCACCGGUGCUCUGCUGCUCGUCGCUGCACAGAUGGUCAAGGUGCAGCACAGCAGUCCCUCCAUGGCCUGACACAGGGGGAGCAACACAUUCAGAACGGGCACUGAACUGUACCGAGCUGUCAGAGUAUGUUGCUGCCAUGUGGUUCUAUAGCUGGAAAGUAUCGCAGCUAUGACAACAUACAAAGACUGAAUUUAAAAUCAGUUGAAUUUGUUAAAAGGAGUGUUCUGAGUUGUAAAUGUCAAUAUCCUUAAAUCCGCUUCAGACUGUAAACUGACUUUCUGGAGAAGUGAAGUGAGUUUCAUCCAUCUGGCCCGUGGCUCCCUCUUGUGGUUGGAACUUGUAUCUGUCCACAACCACACUGUUAUAAUAUAUUCUUUGCCAAACUACACAUACAAGCUCUCAAUUUAAGAUCAUUUGCUGUUAGGUUUAAGAUAUAGAAACAUCUGUAUUUUCACAGUAUUCCCCAUUGUCUGUAUCUGUAUUCCUUCAGAUUGAUUUGAUGUCAGGUGUAUUUGUUUUGAAUGUUUACAGUGUGAAGGUUAAACCUAAAAUGUGUUGUACAUAUCAUCGUGCCUUGUUAGCAGCAUGUUUUUUUUCUUUUUGAAAAGAGUAUUGACUCCAUGUGACAACAACAACUUUAAAAGCUUCAAUACAGCAAAUUACUUCUUUCUCCAACUUCUCGUUGUUUUAACAUAUUCCUUCAGUUCUCUGGGUUUGAUGCACAACA